CUCGCGUAGGCACCACUAGCGCGAAGUUUUGAGGCUCUAGCAGACCGGGGUCAGUGGAUCAGCGCUAGAGAUCGCAGCACGGAGUGACGUCGACCUCUCUCACCUUGAGAUCUUCCAUUAUCCGCGCGCCGGCGGCCUUUACUCUUCGCGCAUGUCGUGACAACCUACACUCCUAUACCACAUCCGCCGAAUCCCCCACCGUCACCGCAAUGGCACGCGACAAGUUUGCUCAGCAGAGCCUCGGCGGCACGCUGCACGGCUUGGUCAAGAAGUCGCGCGUUCUUAUGGUAGGAGCUGGCGGCAUUGGCUGCGAGCUGCUCAAGAACCUUGUUCUUACCGGCUUCGGCGAAAUCCACAUCGUCGACCUCGAUACCAUCGACCUCAGCAACCUCAAUCGCCAGUUCCUGUUCCGCAACGAGCACAUCAAGAAGUCCAAGGCAUUGGUUGCCAAGGAGUCGGCGCAUAAGUUCAACCCCAACGUCAAGAUCGAAGCCUACCACGACAACAUCAAGGACCCGCAGUUCGACGUCGCGUGGUUUCAGAGCUUCAACAUCAUAUUCAAUGCUCUCGACAACAUCGAUGCACGCCGACAUGUUAACAAGAUGUGCCUGGCCGCCAAUGUACCGCUCAUCGAGAGUGGCACCACAGGCUUCAACGGGAAUGUGCAGGUCAUCAAGAAGGGCGACACCGAGUGCUACGAUUGCGUAGAGAAACCCAUACCAAAAGUCUUCGCCACAUGCACGAUUCGAAGCACGCCCUCGCAGCUCAUCCACUGCAUAGUAUGGGGCAAGUCGUACCUGUUCGCAGAGCUGUUCGGUAUCUCAGAGGACGAUGCGCCGGAGUUAGACCAGAGCUUAGACAAGGAUGGGAACAACGCAGAGGAGAUUGCUGAACUGCGCAAGGAGGCGACAAAAUUGAAGCGCGUACGAGAGCAGAUGGGCUCGCAAGACUUCCCACGUGCCGUCUUCGAGAUGGUCUUCAAGGAUGAUAUCGAGCGGCUGCUGAGCAUGGAGGACAUGUGGAAGGGCAAGAAGGCACCAGUUGCGCUGGAUUUCGAUACGCUGUCAGAAGAGGCCACGGCCCCGGCGCAAACGAUUUUGCAGGACGACCAGAGGACGUGGACCACAGCAGAGAACUUCGCAGUCUUUGUGGACAGUUUACACAGGCUUAGCCAGCGUCUGGAAACAGAGCGUGCGCAAACAGAGGUCGGGAACUCGGCUCCCAUUCUGAGCUUCGACAAGGACGAUGUAGACACUCUGGACUUUGUUGUUGCGAGCGCCAACUUGCGAGCAGCCAUCUUCGGUAUCGAGCCGCGUUCAAAGUUCGAUAUCAAGCAAAUGGCCGGCAACAUCAUCCCUGCAAUCGCAACGACCAACGCAAUGACUGCAGGGCUCUGUGUUCUUCAAGCAUUCAAGAUCCUACGUUAUUCCGACCCGGAGCAGCUGAAGCGACAAGCCAAGAUCGUCUUCCUCAAUCGGCAAACCAACGGAAUGCUCACUGCUGAGAAACUGAGAGAACCCAACCCAGAAUGCCCGACCUGCAGUGUCGCCCACGUCACUCUGACUGUCGACACAGCGCGUGCGAAACUCAGUGAUCUAGUAGACGAUAUAUUGAAGGGACAGUUGGGUUAUGGUGAGGAAUUCAGCAUUACAAAGGAUGGCGACCUUCUCUACGAUGCGGACGAGGAUGCACACUUGGAUAAGACGUUCAGCGACCUCGGUCUUGUGGCAGGCAGUUCGCUGACCAUCAUUGAUGAUGCCGACGAGAACAAGAAGGUCAACGUACAGCUCACCAUCGACGCGAAGGACCUGUCCUCUGCAGACAAGCCGAUUAAUCCGCUCGAAGACCUCAGGAUCGCAACGAGGCCGAAGGUCGCAGUACCUGUCGCAGCACCCGCAACUAACGGGCAUGCUAAGGCGAAUGGCACUACGAACGGAAGUCUCAAGCGAACAGCCGACGAGGCCAGUCUGGAAGAUGACAUUGUCAGGAAGAAGGGCAAGGUCAUGGAGGGCAAACAGAUGAUGGACACCGAUGACAUUUUGGUGAUCGAGGACGAGAAGGAUGAUGGGGUCAUUGAGAUCGACUGAGUCGCGACAAGAUCGCCUGUUCUGCUUGCAUCUCCACCCCACACGUCCUCCGCGGAUUGACUUCUCCUCCUUGGCCAACUUCCAUGGUUCCCCACGACCUCAGGCGCAUCAAUUCCCUCAUCCUUCUGGAUACCCUCUGUACUUAUAUCAGCAUGGCGCGACUUCGGCGGCGUUUGCAAAUGGGUAUACCUCGAUCACAUCUGCUUUAGCUUUCCCACCUAGAAGUCAGGA